CGCCUGCCCGCUGAGGAGCGUGGAGCCGGGCCGGUCCCGCCACCGCAGCACCCAGAGGCAGCGGAGCGCCCCGGCGGCGCCAUGGGGUUGUGGUGAGCGCUCCGGUACCGCUGCCCGCCCGCCCCGCCGUGCCUCACAUACACCCCCCUUCCCUCCGCGGCCAUGGCCCCCAUGGGGAUCCGCCUCUCGCCGCUCGGCAUGGCCGUGUUCUGCCUGCUAGGGCUGGGCGUCCUCUACCACCUCUACUCCGGCUUCCUAGCCGGCCGCUUCGCUUUCUUCAUGCUGAGCGAACCGGCGGCGGCCGGCGGGCCCGAAUCCCCCCGCGGCUCCGCGCCCGCCGGCGCCGUGGAUCUGAGGGAGCUGCUGGCCGUCUCCGUGCUGGCCGCCGUCAGGGGCGGGCAGGAGGUGAAGCGGGUGCGGGAGGGCAACGUCCUCAACGCCAAGGCCAAGGGGAAGACGCGGGAGGGGGCGGAGGAGCAGCUGACGAGCGGCGACCUCCUCUCCAACCGCAGGAUGUUCUACCUGCUGAAGGGCGCUUUCCCCGCCGUGCAGAUAAACUCUGAAGAGCGUGUUGAUACAGCUGAUCAGGAGACAAUCCCUUGGGAUCGCAGUAUUCCUGAAGACAUAAAACAAAAAAUACAGCCUAAAGAGGUUCCAGCAGAAAGUGUUACUGUCUGGAUCGAUCCGUUAGAUGCUACACAAGAAUACACAGAGGAUCUUCGACAGUACGUCACGACAAUGGUUUGUGUGGCUGUAAAUGGGAAACCAGUAAUAGGAGUGAUACACAAGCCCUUCUCGUCAUAUACAGCCUGGGCAAUGGUGGAUGGUGGGUCAAACGUAAAGGCUCGUUCCUCCUACAAUGAGAAAACUCCACGGAUUAUCGUAUCCCGCUCCCACGCAGGAAAAGUGGAGCAGGUUGCGCGGCAGACGUUUGGAAAUAAGACUGUGAUAAUCCCCGCUGGUGGAGCAGGUUAUAAAGUGUUGGCCCUCCUUGAUGUGGCUGAAAAGAAUCAAGAAGAAGCUGAUGUGUAUAUCCAUGUCACCUACAUUAAGAAGUGGGACAUAUGUGCUGGAAAUGCAGUGUUGAGAGCAUUGGGUGGCCAUAUGACUACUCUGACUGGUGAAGAAAUUAGUUACACUGGCUCAGAUGGCAAUGAGGGAGGACUUAUAGCCAGUAUCAACAUGAACCAUAAAGCACUAAUUGAAAAACUUCCAGAUCUGGAAAAAACAUCACACAAAUAAACUUGACUGAUGGAGAAGUACAAGUUGUGCUUUUGUAGCCUCCAAAUGCUCUGUCUGAAGAGCAGGUGUGAAAACCUGCUGGGAAAGAUGCACAGCAAAGCAGUUUGGUGUGGGUUUGGGGACUGUAAUCAUGCAUUGGGUUUCUUCAGUGGUGGUAUUUGCAAAAGAAUAAAAUAAGAAUAAUAACAAUCAGAAGUAGGAAGGGGACUGACUGCCUCACAUCUCAGUUUCCAUGUUUGUUUUUUUUCAGACUGUUUUCAUGCAGUUCUUAUACUCAAGGUGCAUACACAGUAUAUAUUUGUGAACAUAGGUGAACUAAAGAAAAAUCCAAAUUGAUUCAUAAAAUAUCUUAAGUAGUUCUCAUGGGAAUUUCUUGGCACCUGUUGCAUCUUGUUACUGUAGUUGUAGCAACUCCAUAAUUAAUUGGGUAGAAAAAAAGGUUGAUUUGUAUAGGCAUCUGAUAACUGUAAACAAUUUAGCAGGAAACACGACUUUAUGUUCUGUAUCCCCUGAACAGAAAGCACAGGAAGGUUGACACGAAUUUAUAUGCAGCAACACUUUAUCUUAGACAGUGUGGCACUCCUCCUUGUUUUUAAGAGGGGUAAAAAAAGGAAUGUUCUGUACUAUUUUGACUUUUUUCCUGAAGAUGUAAACCAGUUUAGUUCAGAUGGGUUGUGAAUAUCCGUGUUUUAUUAAUCACUGUAAUUAUUUCCAUAUACCUUUUUAAAAGAAGGCAACGUUUCCUUGUAUAGUUUUUAACAGUUACUUCCUGUCCUUGAUUUCUGCGUACAGUGUUAAAGAUGCAUGCUGGAUUUUCCUCUGAUGUAGGACUUGUUCAUCAUUUGGUGUUUGUGCCUAUAGAAGCAGCCUUUUCCUUCAGUACCUCUUUUUUGUGGGUUUGCUUGCUUCCAUGGGGUAGAGUCACAUGGAAUGAGUUUAACAGAAAUAGUAAAUUGAUUGUUUGGUUCCAUUUACAACACGAGAUUACAAACCAGCAAUUUUUCUACAAGCCCAGAAAUAACUUUCUAUCUUUUUAGGUUAAGGCGUGUUCUUUUCUGCAGAAAGGUCUUGAGCCAUCCCAAAAAGCUUGUGGUUACUUGGUGUGUGGAAAUCUACCUAGAGAGAGACCAUUUGAACUUGAAUCUUUUCAAAUAAGUUGGAAGAACAUGUGGCACUUGAAGUAAAACAAUGCAAAACUCUACUGAAAAAUAUUCUUUGUCAGUCCAAUAUACACAGAACAGAACGCAGGCCCUUUGAUAUCAAAUGAUGAUUUGUUGCAUCUCUUAAAUAUGGGGACUUCUAUCUGCAAAAAUGUAAUAAUCUGUGGUGUUGUUCUUUGCACCCCUCUGAAGGGUUUCAGAAGGUUUAAAUGUACCUGUUAUUUGAAUUAUCAGUAGAUAGCCUUCCCAUCUGUCCUCAAGAAAGCUAAAAUUCUUAUUUAAUACAGAUGUUUUCUGUUCAAAGUUUAUUCAGUACAAGCUUAGGCUGUUUAAAUCAAAUUCUUAGUUAUUUUCAUUUUUAACUUCUUUCAUCAUACUGCCAUUCUGAUUAAGAGGAGGUUUUUCUCCUCAUAUCAGUAGUGGAGCAUGUCUAGAUACCUCUUGCCUUCUAGCUAAUAUUCACAUUUCCAAAAGACCCUCCUCAGAUGUUGCACAACUACAGGUACAGACUUCUGUUUUGCAAACUUACUGGCAAAGUAGACUGAAGCUUAGUCCUACUAGCUUUUUGGUAUGGGUAGGGUUUUUUUAGAUACUGUUUUUCCAAAAUUGACGGUAUUGCUGCUGUUUUGAAAAUACCUUUUACACGUGUAGAUAAUACACAAAGCAACUUCCAAUUUUUAAUUUUAAUAAACUACUACCUGCUGUGUCAAAAAAGCGAAUAUGCCCUUUUUAAAAAGGGGCUGAUCUAUUUUGAAAGACUUCUUGAGCUUCCAAACCUCAGUAAAGAGUAAAAAACCAGAUGUUUAUCAAGGCUUUAGUAAUAUUUUACAAGACUGCAGCUUUUUUUCCUCCAGGCUGAUCUAAGUUACUUAAAGCCUAAUAAAAAAGCAGCUAUUUUCUUUAUUAGUUAAAAGACAGAUUAAAAUUCAAAUAUGAGAAAUAGCCAUAGUUAGCCUGGUAUAAAACCCUAAUUGUGUCACAGAAGUUGAAUGCACAAUAUUUAUAUAGAAAAUUGAUACCAAGUCUGUGGCAGGUUAUGGUUUUAGAUUCAGGUUGAAAUCAUAUGUAAAUUUACCUUGUGGAAACAUGACUGCUUUUAUUUUGGGUACAGUUCUAUCACUUCCUCUUGUAAGCUGUGAUCAGACUUAGCUUCUGUGUGAGAAAUGAAAGAUAAGAUAAUGUUGCAUAUCGUGCAAGGGGUUACUUGCAUCUUAGUUGAAGGUGUAGAGCAGUAAGCAGAAGUAUUUGCCUAAAUUAUUUCUCUUUAGGAAGGUAAGGUACAAAGAACUCCAGCCCUCCUUUCCUUCAUCCUAUGUGCUGGCUAAAAUACCUGCUCUUCCAGUAGGAAGACGUGCUUGUUUAGACCCCUUUAAAUCCUAGAUUGCUUUGUUGCAAUUUGACUAUGUUUACGCUCCAUUCUAAAACAUCUUGCUAUUCUGGCUCCAGUGCUUGUUUGGUCUCAGCUGCCUGGAUGGGACUUUAGGCUUAUGCCCGGAGUGGCAGGAAAUCAUACCGUACUCGUGUCUCACUGCUGGGCUAGAACACCCUUCUUUACAUUCUAGCCUUUUCCACAUAAAACACUCCUACCAUUUUUAGGGAUGCUACUUAAAACAAUUGCACGGUGUAGGUAGUUCCUACAAAAGUAUGUCUUUGCAUAUUUUUUUUUAAAGUUUUUAGAACAGUAUCAUUCUUGCUCCAAACAAGGGAAAUAGGAGAAUAUAUUGUUUUAGAGUUAGUUUUCCAACAGUGGAUUUUUGGUUCGAGUGGCUUUUAUGAUUAAGAUAAUUGCAAGGGAAAUUAUUCUAAAGCCAUCUGAUCUGUAUUUUCUCUUUUUCAUCCUGCUAAACAGUGGAUGGUAGCAUAGGUGGUACCUAGUGCUGUACCAAGAGUCCUAACUUGCAUUCCUUGAAUGAAUGUUUCCUGAAUAAAUGGACACAGAAAUAAAAGGGUUGAAUAUUGCUACAGGUUUUGAUUUUAACAUAUUUGCCAGGUGUUUACAGGUGGGUUUAUGUGUGGGUUUAUGUUCUGAUUUACAGAGUGCAUAUUAAUGAUGAAAAUAACCAAGAUGGCUUACUCAAAUGGUGAAUUAACCAUAUAGGUGAGGCUGAGUGGUCAUCUAGUGAUGUUUCACAUGCUUGGUUUUACAGUCAUUUGAGUGAACAGAUUUUCUAAUUGUCUUCAGGUGUGAGAGGUUUUGUUUUUUCUUUUAAAUAGAUGGUGGUUGGAGGUCAAGAGGUGUAUGGGGGAGUCAGCACUGGCGUUUCUCUCUGCUUUUUUUUGUUUACAAACAGAUGUACCCCAAUGUCUCUGUAGCAUCCUCUUACCUGUUGGAGUUGUACAACAGCUGUGCAAUGCUACAUGCUCCUGGUUUAACAAUGUAAAUCCAGGAGGUUGUGCUCCCCAAGAACAGGGCAAUGAGGAGUGACUGAGUCUUGUGCUGGAUCUCUUCUGUGUUAUGCCAGCUGGGGUUGGCUGCUUUGUCUUGUGGAUGUGGAUCCAUUGCAGUUCCUCUGAUGGCAGAAUUGCUUUUGUAGGCUUCUGUCUCCCCAGUUACACCCAGUCCCUUCGUGGAUCUGUUUUUACAGUAAACUGGAGACGUGGAGAGGAAAGAAGCAGAUGGCUGUGCUGGAAAAGUUGUAGCAGAGGAAACUUACUUCCAUUUCUUGAUUUACAUUACAUUGAUAGUUUCAUUUCUGUUUCCUUCAGGGGUUAGAUAACCAGACAGUUAAGUUUUAAUGGACCACUGAUAAAUGCCUGUGUGAUUUUUAAGCCCAGGCAGGAUGAAGGUGGGGGAGAUGGCCUCUAAGGAAGGAGAGCCUGGAUGGAUGGUUCCCUCUCAGGCCAUUUGUGCUUUUUUCGAUGCUUUGUUGUAGCGAGUUAGGUUCUUUCACACAAUUACAGAUUUCAUUUUGCCAAAUUAUCAUUCAUAGUCUGUCUUCUGACCUGCUAUCCUCAGUGACAAAUCUGUCCUAUAUCCAAUUCACUGUAAUGUAGCUUGCUGAGACAAGACUGUGGUAACUCUGAGAGGACUCAAAGACUGUUUGACCUGAACCACACCUUCUGUACUUUUAUAAUGAAGUGCUGACACCUGCUGCCAGUGUCUUCCCACCUCACAACCAGCUUGUGCCACUCAUGGGUCAUAUUGAGAAGCUGUUGAAGCCUUAUACGUUGUGUUUUUCAGGUGCCACAUCAGCUCUUUCAGCUCAUCUCAGAGAUGUUCAGAAGUCCUUGUCCGGUUUCCUUCUGAGACUCCCCCUGGAGACACUUUUCCUCUUUGCUGUUCCUCAUCUUCCUGUUCCUACCUGAUCUUUGCUCCUUUCUUAGUCCACGUGGACAAGGUAAAUGAGGAUCAGAGGUGGAAAUGGUCCCAGAACGAGAGCACCACAGUAGCAAACUAUAGGGUUUAUCCUUAAGCUGUUAAUGUUUGGGGUCAAGGUCAAAGGCCCGCACUGAUCCUACCAAAAGUGUGAUAGAUGCCAACAAAAUAAAGGCAUCUUGAGGAGAGGUUCAUGUGAUUGGUGGUACUGAACAUGCAGAAAAGAUGCAAAGUAAAGAGUAAGGAGAGAUUAAACUAUUAUAAAAAGGAGAAGGAAACAGCUUCUCAGUGUCAUGUUACAAGCGUUUGGUAUUUCUGUUCCUCAGGGUGCAGAGCUUCAUUGCUAACCAAAGAGGCUCCACUGGCCCUCUGUGAAAGACCUGAUUUUGUUGAAGUCAGUAGCAGCGUUCCCACUGAAUUCAGUGAGCAGAAGCAAGCCAGAUUAAACACGAACAGUAAAUGAAGCGAAGUUCUGCAGAGCUCAGCUUCUGCCAACAGAGCAAACAACCUGGGCUGUGUUAAAACUCAGCUUCAGUCUACAUUACUAGAGAACUCUGAAACAUCAUCCCAAGGUCUCAAGGUUCUUUCAGGGUUUGUUUGGUUUUUUUUCAUUGUCUACAGGUGAUAGAGCCCAUUUUCAGAUAAAAAUGUCUUCAGCUCCAAUUGUUCCUUGUCUGUAAUUCACAUUUCUUUUUUUUCUCCCCAAAGGACCAACAUCAGUCUGGGAUUUUUCCUUGUCCCACCAAAUUGUAUUAGCAUUUUCCAGUUCUGUGCCAAAUUGAAAUAACAAAUUCUAUAAAUAAACUCUCUGAAAAUA